AUGAAGGAGGCGGUGGUGGCUGCGCUGCACAGGGGCUGGGAGCUGGUGAGGGACCGCAAGAGCAGCUUCGAGCUCUACGGGGCCGAUUUCAUGUUCGGGGAGGAUUGCCAGCCGUGGCUGCCAGAGAUCAACGUCAGUCCCACCAUAGCGCCCUGCUCAGCAGUGACCCGACAGCUCUGCGCUGCCGUCCAGCGUGACAUACUGCGUGUGGUCCUGGACCACAGGGGGAACCCCGGCUGCUCCACUGGAGCCUUUGAACUCAUCUACAAAGAGCCCAUCGUGCCAGUGCCUCCCUGCCUGGGACUGAAGCUGGUGGUGGAAGUGUACUCGCUAAUGAAGCCCCAGCUGCAAAAACAGCAACCCAGGACAAACUCCCCACCACCCUGCCUCUUGUCUACCCGGUGGUGCCCAAGUCACUAG